UGUUCUGCCGUGCCUUUGACUUCCAUGGUGACGAAUCCAAACUCGAGACCAUCGGCGCUCUUUUCAAACCACUUUACCGCGGAAACAUGUUAACUUGGAAGUUUUACCAGUAUCAAGAGGUAUUUAAGAAAUUGAUGCAACCAUAAAAUGUCACUAGUACGAGUAGUUUGUCCAAGCGGCGAGACGAUAAUGUGUGAUGUAACGUCACGUCUGCGUCGUUUUAGCUAACAUUAGCCGUCACGAAAACUGCUUUCAAGCACGCGACUCCAACGACAUCACAGCCAUGAACAGCAGCGCAGAGAGGAAAUUCGUCAAUUUACGGAAACGUCUAGAUCAGCUGGGCUACCGACAGACACUAGGAAUAGAGUCACUGCCGCUGGUGGAGAAACUAUUCAGUGAUCUGGUCCACACAACUGAGAGUCUGCGCAAUGCUAAACUAUCGGCAGGAAAAACUGAGAAAGAGAGUCGAAAUUUUGAUGCGCUCCUGGAGCCUUACAAGACAGAGAAUGCCACGGUGGUCAGGGAAAACAAUGAGCUGCACCAUGAGCUUCUAAAACUGAGAGAAGAGAAGGAUCGGGUCAUCAGAGAGUUCAAAGCUCACAUUCGGAAACUGGAUCAUGAGACAACUGACCUGAAGUUUUUAAACAAUCAAUAUGUGCAUAAGGUUCGCUGCCUGGAGAAGGACAGCAAAGCUAAAGCUGAGCGCAUCCAGCAGCUACAGGAGAAGAACUUGCAAGCUGUUGUGCAGACACCCGGUGGAAAAAAACGCAGUAUCCCUUUUAGAAGACAGCGAAUGCAGAUUGACGAGCUUCUUCCUCCAUCCGCAACAUCUGCUUAUCCUGUUCUGCAGCCUGAUGAUCCAUAUGUUGCUGAUUUACUGCAGCUGGCCGAUGUAAGAAUUAAUGAACUACAAGAAGACAUCAUUAAACUCAAACUAGACCUGGAAAAUACGCAAGAAUGUAUAAAACACCUAAACACUCAGGUGGAGGAGCGGGACAAAGAAAUUGAGCGUCUGAAUCAUGUACUUCGCGGAGGACGGCCCCAUGAAGUAAUUUCUCUUGAAGCUCAAAACAUCAACAAUGAGAAAUUGAUUGCCCACCUUAAUCUUCAGAUUGAGUACCUACAGGAGACCAACAGAACCCUGGAGCAAAAGUUAGAGGGGCUGCAGCGGAAAAAGAAUGACGCCUCUACUGAAGUGGCCAAUCUGUCCUUAAAAAACCUGGAGCUCUGUGAAGAGCUGACGCACAUAGAUGACCUUGCAAAGCGCCUUGAGAUGGAUAAGGAGCGUGUGUUGGAAACUGCUGACAUGGAAGUACAAGAAACUAAAAAAGAAAUUCAAAGGCAGCAGAAAAUCAUUGAAGACUUGGAGGAUAUUAUCACAAAGAUAAGAAGGGACAAGUCUGAAGGUGAAUUUGAAAAAGACCGUCUCAGAGAUCAGCUGGUGGAGCUCAAAGAGCAAAACGAGAAGAUGGAGGGACUGGUGAAUUUCCUAGAGGAUGAAAAAAUCAGGCUGCAGGGUAAAGUUGAGAAGAUGAUGGCGGCAGAUAAAGACCUGGUGCUGGAGUUGGAGACUAUGCGUGCCAAACAUGGUGUCUGUGGAAGAGAACGAUCCCCAUCUCGUCUAGAUGCCUUUGUGAAGAGUCUAGAGGAGGAACGAGAUUACUAUCGGCAGGAGGCGGAGCGCUACAAAAGAGCUAGAGGAGCUGGUGGUCUGAGCUCGAGCCCCAGUCGUAGUCCAGACAGAGGAAGGAGUCCAAGGUCCAAAUUAAAACAAGGAGGAGUUGCAGAGGCAGACCUGUUUCAUGUCAUUAAAGAAAGAGAUGAUCUGAAAGCAGCUCUGUUGGGUUUUGAGAAGCACAUGGAGAAUUUUCAGAACAACGUGAAGGCCCUCAGCGAUGAGAGAGACCAUUUCAAAACCCUGUUUAAACAGGCUCAAGAUGACCUAAAGCUGGCCCGAAGCAUAGAGUAUUCAGCUGACGUCUUGAGACUGCAAGAGGAGUUGAAACAGGCCGAAGUGAAAAUUGAACAAAUGACCACUGAAAGAGAGACACUGACAGAGAGAUUAAAGGUAGCACAGACUUCAGCUCUCACAGACAGACAGGUAGAGGAGAGGAGGAUUCUCCAUCUGGAGAACACCAUCAAGAGUCUGGAGCAGGAGAGGCUGGUCCUGCAGUCACAGGUGUGUGCGCUGAAGGAGAGUAGGGAGGCUGCUGAAGCAGAGCUGAAGGUUCGGUCAAUUUCUCUGGUACACAACGCAGAGGAGGUCGCCCAGCAGAGAGCCGAAGCUAAUGCUCUGAGGCUUUUACAAGAGCAGAUGGAGCAGACGCUAUCUGAUACGCAACACAGGCUCUCUGUGAAGAUGAAUGAACUUCAUGCAGCCCACGAGCAGAUUGACAAACUUGAGGAGAAAUUAGGGGAGCUGAGUCAGCACAGUUCCAAGCACAGAGAGGAAGUAGCUGCCCUUCAGAAGUCCGUCUCUACCCUCGAUAAAGAGAAGGAUGCUCUGCAGGAUGAGGUGGACCAAAAGACAGAAAAACUAGUAGUUCUCCAGGAGGAACUAAACAAGAAGGAAAAGACCCUUGAAGACGUGAGAGUGACAGUGAAAAACAUGGACAACUCUCUAGUCCAGCUGCAAGGAGCAUUAAACAGUCGCGAGAGGGAGAUCAGCAGUCUGAGGAGGCAGCUGGAUGCAUCUCAGGAGGAGCUGGCUGCCUUCAGGAAGGACAAAGAAAUCAUAAUCAGAGAGAACCGGAGGCUGCAAGAUGACCUGGCCACAAUGACAAGAGAGAACCAAGCUGUACAUGUGGAAAUGGAGGAGGCUUUGCACGAGAAGGAUGAACUGAAGUUGAGGAUCCACUCUUACAUUUCUGAAGUUUCCAGAAUAGAGAAAUUGAUGGCCACAAAGGAACAGGAGAAUAGGGAUUUACUGGAACGGUUCAAGAUGGCCCACUCUGAAAUGGAAGAGCGGGAUCAGAAAUUGCAGAUGGCUGAAGGCCUCAAUACCUCCAUCCGCCUGGAGCUGCUGUCUUCAGACUCGGAACGAAGAAAACUGCGAGAUGCUGCUGCACAGCAGGAGAGAGAGAUCCAGCAGCAUGUACAUGCACUGCAGGCUUAUGAGGCCAAAGUAUCCUCACUGGUUCGUGGGAUGUCACGACUAGAGGAGGAGCUACACAAAGCACAGGAGGAGAAGGCCGCUCUCCUCUCAGAUGUAGCAUCUGUCAGGGAGCUGUGUGUCAAACUGGACUCUGGAAAGGACCUCACUGCACGUCAGCUCACUGCUAAGAGCAUGGACCUCGAGAGGGUAACAGGAGAACUGGAGGAUGUUCGGUCAGAAAUGGAGCUACUAAAGAAGCAGCUGGCUAGCGAGAGGUUGACUGUGCGCAACCUCGAGGCGCUGCUCUCCACCAACCGGCAAAAAGAGUUCCAAACUCAUUUAAUGGCCAGCGAGAAAGAGUCCGAGCUCAAAGUCUUGCGGGACAGACUCACCCUGGCAGAGAGCAAAACUACGGAGCAAGCCAGAGAGGUGUCCCAGCUCCGUGGCAAAGUGUCUCAGCUGCAGACAGAAAUAGACGUACUGAAAAGACAACUGACCACCGAGCGCUUUGAACGUGAAAGGGCAGUCCAGGAGAUGCGGAGACAAGGUUUGUCCUUUUCAUCCCUGCAAAGCUCAUCGUCCCUCAGUGUCUCCAGCAGUCCUCGCCACACCUCCACAGAGCGCUCCAUCCUCCGAACUCUUGACCGCUCCAGUGACAAGUCAACAGAUAGGAAUGUCAGCUUUAAGGAUGGAUGACAAAUGAAGGGGUGUGACGAGUGAGUCGGAAAACACUAGAAGCUUGUGCUUGAAGUGUUGACUGGACAUGAAAUAACCUGUAGCAUACCUCAGCUGCUUCACCAUGCCGUCCAACCAGAGUCAGUUCAGACAAGACAAUAUACCCACCUGUUUUAAAGUUCUCUUGUUUUUAAAAAGAAAUCCAACUUCUCACUCAGCUUAGUGACUUCAUUUUCUGGAAUGACUCCCAGCUUUUCUAACUUUUGUACAUGUUUAGAAUGAAGGUUUUGUGUAUUAUGUUUAAUAUUCAUGUUUUUUAUGUUUAAAAGUGUCUAAAUUAUUUACUAAAUAAAGUAUGCAGAAAUUUGAAAUGGCACAGGUGUAGAUUACACUGUAACAGUCAAAUGUUAUUUGAAAGGGAGUUGUAAACAUUUGUAACAUCAUUAUUGGCCAAACUGGUUGAGUUACUGUGUAAGUACACACUUUCCUAUUCAGUUUCAAGCUUUAGUGGUUUUGCAUGAUGUGCAGAAAUCUCAAGUAAAAACGUGUAACAGCUUUCAGUAUAC